AGAAAACGCGCUGUGAUUGGUCAUUGCCUACUGUACGUUUUGCAAGUUAAAAUUGAGGAAAAGUCACUUUGGAAUAAAAAGUUAAUGGAAACAUAUAAAUUGUUGUUAAAUAGUGCAAAUUUUUCAAAAUCUAAAUACAAGUUCUUUUUCUCUAUCGGUGGUGUAUAAAAUUUUGUGCAAAAAAUAUUGUUUAUGGACUUUGAGUGAAAAAUCGUUUUUCAUAAUGGCGGACUCGUUUGGGCUUGAGUUUUCGACUGGCGAAGCCAUCAAUUGAAUAAGCGCUAAAGAUAGUUUUGGGAGGAAGAUUUUACUGGCAACAUCGCGCGCUAUUUAUUUUUAUAAAAGUUAUUUUAAAUAAUUUUCGACAAAUAUUCCACAAAAUAUAUUUUAAACAAAAAUUUUAACCAAACUCAGUUGGUGGUAGUGAGAAAAUAUGAGUGGACGUGGUAGUCGAAAACGGGGUAGGCCCCCGAAGACGCCUAAUGAGCGCGCUGGAACCAAAUUUAAUUAUCAGCUGUUGAAGAAACCAAAAUAUUUGAGCAAAGCUAGUGAUUCUCAGCUAAGCACUCCUUCCGCUUCGCGAGCAUCUUCCCCCCAGGAAAGUGAUGGCAGCCGGAGCUAUAAUCGGAAAUCCACCAGUAAGAGCACCAGGGGUGGCAGAUCACGUAAAUCAACAAGCAGCACGGCUAAUGUUAGUCGAAGAGGAGGAUAUGAAUCCGAGUACCAUUAUGGCUCAGAUUUUGGAGAUUCGAGUGAAAAGAGUGAUAUAGAUGACGAAUUACUUUGCUCUGCAACAGAUGAAGAGGAGAGUCUGGAUGCGGCAAAUGAGAGUGAAUCUGAAUUCUCUGUAUGCAGUUUUACACAAAAUGGUCUUGGUCGUCCACCGCGACCACCAAGUCCUGAUCCAAUUUGGUUACAAGAUCGUGAAUACGAUCCUCUAGAAAUGCCAGACUCUUCGGAAGAUUUAUUAAUGAAAAAUGAAUUGUUACUUAAGUCUUUGAGUAUUUAUGAAGUUUUAAGAAGAUUUCGUCAUCUGGUACGCUUGUCACCAUUCCGUUUUGAAGACUUUUGUGCCGCUUUGGCUAGUGAUGAACAAAGCGCACUUAUUGCUGAAGUACACAUUAUGUUAUUGAAAGCUAUUUUGCGUGAAGAAGAUGUGCAAGGGACACACUUUGGACCGCUCGAUCAGAAAGAUACAGUCAAUAUUAGUCUAUAUCUGAUUGAUGGCAUUACCUGGCCCGAAGUACUACGCAGCUAUGUAGAAAGUGAUACAAUUUUCAGUCGUGAAGUAUAUAAUAUAUUAUGUGCUGGUGAUUACCCAUUUACAGGGGUAACCGAUCGCAUAAUAGUUUUACAAUUUUUGACCAAUCAAUUUUUAACAACGAAUGCUGUUCGUGAUGUAAUGUUACAAGAGGGGCCAAUACACUACGAUGAUCAUUGCCGUAUUUGCCAUAGAUUAGGUGAUUUGUUAUGUUGCGAAACAUGUCCAGCCGUGUAUCAUUUGGAGUGCGUAGAUCCACCGCUGAAUGAUGUGCCAACCGAGGAUUGGCAAUGCAAUUUGUGUAAGUCACAUAAGGUUAGCGGAGUUGUUGACUGUGUGUUGCCACAGGAGAAGCAAGGUGUGCUUAUAAGGCACGAAAUAUUAGGCUUGGAUAGGCACGGACGUAAAUUUUGGUUCAUUGCACGUAGAAUAUUUGUCGAAGGCCAGCCUGAAUAUGAUAAUGGCAAAAUUUGGUACUACAGUACAGAAUCAAAAUUAGAGCAGUUACUAAACCUUUUAGACAAAGACGACUUGGAAUCUGGGCUGUAUAAUCAAUUGACAGAACGGAAAGAUGAGAUUAUACGUCAAAUGAAAUUGACAGAGUCUAUUACGAAGGAACAAAACAAGUACCAAAGGCUAUCAUAUAUUGACGAGGAAAACAAGAAGACAUGGGCUUUGCUCCGUGGUACUGAGGAGGCAGAUGCACAAAUGAAUGAAAGCGGCACAGAAAAUAAGAUGAUGACACGUCUGAAAACCAGUCAAAAUGCAAACGAUCUCACGCACUUCAAACUAGGUAUGGAGCAUGGUUUUAAGAACUACGUAAAUCAAUACACAUCAAAUCAGAUUGCUUUGAAUAAACCGCAGCGCAACGAAGAGCGCGAUAAGCGUCGUCACUUGUCACAUAAAUUUUCACUCACCACAGCCUCAGAAUUUAAAUGGAUCGGUGUUACGAUGGGCAGUUUGGAUAGUAUCACUCAAACUUUGCGACAGACACUACUCAACUUUGAAGAAAGCGUACCUUCGUCGUUUAUGAUACCGAAUUGGCGCCUCCUCAAAUGGAAAUGGCGCAGGACAGUAGGUGAUGCGCGUCGUCCAACAGAAUUCGUCGUAGUAUUACUACUACUCCAAGCAUCACUUAAAAAUGUGAUCUUUGCCAAUGUUUGGCAUGAACAACUAGGCCAUCUGACUUUGUGCCGCAUAACUUCGUCAGAGCGUGAAGAACGCAAGAAAAUGGAGAAGCGUGAAAAACGCGAACGUGACGAUGAGGAGGAACGGAAUCGUCUCGCUUUCAACUAUAUAAAAUACUCCUUAGGACUAAAGCAUCAGGUAUGGAAACAGAAAGGCGAAGAAUACCGUAUACACGGUCAAUGGGGUUGGAUGUGGCUAUCGACUAGUCGUCGUUGCGGCGUCGGCGGUGGCAGCAGACGACGUGCCUCAUAUCGGCACGGGCUGGCUAUACCGCCCGUGAAGGUGAAUGUGCACUUCACAAAAGGCAGCGAUGUGGAUGAAAUAGUUAGCGUAGAUCCACGCACACACAAAUUCCUACUGCAAUGCAGCGCGGCAGUUAAGCAAGGCGCCGAUUAUUAUUACUUACAAAAGUUUAGGGAUGUGCAAAUACUAGACUUCGAUAGCGAUGAUGCAGCUGAUGGCGACGCUGGCGCAGCAAAUAAUAUUGGUACAAUUGAUGUUUCCAAGUCGUUAGCUAUGCCCGGCCGACUAAUGUACCCGAAAAUUGCGCGUAAAAGCCGACUCGACGACUUACUUGCACGACGAUUGGAAUUGAAGCAAGCCGAGGAAGAAUUGGCAGUUAAAACUGAGAAGGAUGCGGAUGAUUCACCGACAAUUACCGCCACAGAGGCGGAUGAUACAAAGGCGGAACCAAAUAGGAAGGCGGCCAAACGAACAUUCCUAGAGCGUCGUCUAAUGGAUAUACAAUAUGUACAGCAGAAGAACGCACCUAGUAACGAUGUUAAUCUGGACUUGAUUAAUUCGUUAGCAAAGAAAAUUCAAACAGUUCGCCUGCAAUUCAGUCAGUUGAAUAGAUUCGCCAAGCAAUAUCGUUGCUACACAAAAGAGUGCAACACCAAUUCCAAUGCAGUUUCACAAAUAACCCAAAACACUUGCUAUUCACCACUAUGCCUCCAGAAAGCACGCGCUAAGAAAGAGUUGUUGCUUUUGUUGCGCAAAGCACACAUUGCUGGCAAAGGCUCCAAGGAAACAGUAGCUGCAAUAUUGGGCGCUGUGAAAAAGCCGUCGAUACUGGAGCAAAAACUUACUGAGGGUAAAAAGGAUGCAUCACUCAUGUUGGAUGAGGCCGAGGAUUGUCGCUGGUUGAUCGAUGAAAGCCCAUUGGAUUUGGUGCAAGAUUGGGAACAUGCACGCACUGUAGCAGUGCCAUACGAUAAAAAGCUCUGGCGUGAUUGUUACAUAUCGAAGCAAGAAGAAAACUCUGCGACCGUCGCCGGUAAUGUAGUAAAGGAGGAAAACCAGGGCACCAGCGAUGGUGCUGGUACUACAGAUGAGCGCAUGGAAUUCAUUGAUAGCAUCGAUGUAUGCAGCAAUGUGGAGAUCGAGAGCUCUGAGACAACCAACGACGACUCGCUGGCUGCGCUUACGGCCGGCAACGAUGCUUCGUUGGGCAUGGACGCUUCACUCGCUAGAAAAUGCAAGAAGUCGCAAAAGGCGCGCAACAGCAAGUCGUACAUCGGCACCAAGGAUGUGCUCAAUCAAACCUAUGAAAAACAAACGACAGCAUCGAAUAUCAAACAAAAUCGAAGAUUUCCCACACAGCCGCGCGUCACAAAACGCGAAGAUGUUACAAAAUAUGAAAAAGAAUACUACGCGAAUGGCAAGGAGCGUUUGUAUGCAGCGGAAUCACCACGUGGUCGCAUCUACCUGUGGCGUGAAGCGGCCCAAUUACAACAAGAUCACACUCAACCCAAGGUGGAGGAGGGGAAAACGCACGAGCAAUCAAAGAACACACCCAUCGGUUCAACAUAUCCCCUCACAUCGCAAUUCCUAACACACAAGCUGAAUAUGAGCUUACUGGUGUUGGCGCCGUACGAGGUAAAGAAAUUGGCGCGUUUGGGUGGCAAGGUGUCCACUAAUGGCUUUCAUCAUUUGGCCAAGAACAAUUCUGUUUGGCCAUAUCCAUGUUCGCGUCCGCUUUUCAAAACUUGCUGGUCAUUUCGUACCAGCAAAGCAACGACGCUGGCUGCUAUCGCCUUACAGUUGCGCAUACUCUGGUGUUGUUUACGCUGGGAUGAUAUGAUAGCCAAACCCCCAUCAGCAGAUGGUAAACAUCAAGUGACUAGUGACACGGAGAUUGUUACGCAGGAGUUAUUAAAGCUGCGUCAUUUGGGACGUUACGGCGAACGGACGCAGUAUUUGCGACGCAAAGUCGUUGUGCCACUGGAGGUGCCCAAAACCAUACGAGAAGUCACAUCCAUUCGUUCUGGUCUUCGAAAACGCAAACGAGCCGAAUCGCCACAACCAACUGAACCGCAAGUAACUGAAGAAUGGGUAGAAGAAGAUAAAUUAGAAUUAUGGGAGAUUAAACUAAUGGGUGAGCGUCAGGAAAAGAGCCGCCAGGCAGCCAUGACACGUUCAGUUGCCUUGCGUCAAGCUGCAGAACAAGCUAAUGCUUCGCCAUCGUCCUCUUCAGCAUCCAGUUCGGGUUCGAAUGGAUCUAUAACUAAAGUUGUAAUAACAGCAAAGAGUAGUGAGGAGGUAAAAGAGAAAAUGGAGCACCAAUUGAAAUUGCAACGUGCUGCGCAUCAACAGAAGAAGAACCCAGAUAAUACUAAAGUGCAGACGCAAGUAAAAGGUCAAGUAAUUGGUAGUCGGCGUGUUAUUGUCAAGAAUCCCGAUGGCACCACUCGCAUCAUACAACAGGCCAUCACAUCCCCUGCUGUUGGCGCACAAAAGACAACUAAUACCGUUACACAAGCUAAAACUGCGUCAAGCACUGAAAAUGCAACAGGCAGCGCUGCACAAACGCAGCAGCAGCAAACCCCUACUCCGCAACAGCAUAAAGUGCAAAUCAUACGUGGCCCAGAUGGUAAAGUAAGUGUACGAGGAUUAAAUCCCGGUCAGCAAUUGAUACAAAUGCCCGAUGGCAAACUGCAUGUGCUGACAACAACCACAACAGCAGCAGCAUCAACAGGCAGCACGCAAGGUGUUGUCGCAAAGAAAUUACCAGUGAAACAAGCCACGCCCACGAACUCCCCUACCGUCGUCAAGCAAAUAACGGUCAAGCCAAUACAGAAGACGGUGCCAGUACAAAGUACCCCAAAGACCGUUGUCACAUCUGUAAAUCCCCAGCCUAAGCCUGCUACUCCUAAGGCGGUUGCACAAGUUAUAAACCAACAUGUUGCCGUUACUCCAUCACCUACUGUUCAAAAGGUUAUUACACAAACCAUACCUUCGGGCAAUACAAUAAAUACUGGCACGCCAACUACUACGAAAAUAACUACAAACUCGCAAGGUAUUCCACAAUUUAUUGUCCAACCUGGACAGAAGUUGUUAAUGGGUCAAAACCAACAAGGACAAAAAGUUCUAAUAACCACCGGUGGACAACAAUUGACUCAGCAGUCUGUGGUAUCCAACUUGCAAAGCAUACAGCAGGCACAACCGCAACAGCAACAACAGAUUAUAGUCAACCAAUCGCCAACUACAACAACCAAUCCGACCAACACUACACCUCCACAAGCUGCCACACAAAAGGUUAUACAACAAAUUGUGAAUACCAGUAAUGUACAGCAACAAAUUGUGAUUGGUGGCCAGCGUAUUAUAUUGAGUCCAGGUCAAACAAUUGUCACACAAAGAUCGGUGCCGCAAAAUCAAACCGUACAAGUUGUGCAACAACAGCAACAACAGAUCAUACAAUCCGCCCCCGCACAGCCGGCGCAACACCAACAAGUUAUAGUCCAGGCGGCAAAUCAACAACCUACUCUGACGCAGGUACAGCAGCCACAAACGCGCGUUGUCAAACAAAUUGUAGUCCAACAACAACAACAACAGCAGCAACAUCAGACCAUACAAGCAACAAAUAAUCAUAUCGUUGAGCAAAGUACAGCGCCACAGCAAGUGCUAAAGGUACAACAGCAGCCACAGCAACAGCAAGCUACUGUUACGCCACAAACCACAAAUCAACAGCUGGUGGUGCAAAACUCUACACUUGCUCAACAGUUGGCACAAGGUAAACUACAGGUAGCCACCAUAAACGGACAACAAGUCAUUAUACGACCGCUAGGCAAUAAUCAAGCACAAAUUGUGGCACAUAUUAAGACGCAAAGCGAUGGCAAUGCUCAUAUAAUUACGAAUAGUACUUUGGAAACGCCGCAAUCAUCGCCGGAAAAAGCUGCUCCUGCCGUUGUGCAGCAACAGCAACUGCAGCAGGUACAGCCAAAAGUGCAACCGCAGCAGCAAAUCAUACAACGUACAACUAUUGCACAACAGCAAAUAACACAACAGCAGCCGCAAUAUAUAAAUCAAGAUAGUGUACAGCAACAGCAGCCGCAGCCGCAGACGACGGCUACACCAACCAAGGCUAUGACAAUUGAGGAGAGUCUACUACAGGGUCAGCCGCCAGGUACGGUGAUCAAGUGUGUCACAGCGCAAGUCAUACAAACUGAACAAGGGCCACGUAUUGUGCUCCAAGGCUUGGUUGGCAAUGAUUUUACACAACAGCAGCUGGCACUGGUGCAACAGCAAGUGAAGCAGCAGCUUUUAAAAGCGCAAGAAUCCAGUGGCAAACAGGGCGUACUCGGACCAACUAAAAUCUAUUUGGCUGUCCAACCACCAAACGCUGUUUUGAACUCGCAACCGCCACCAUUAACACCAGUACACCAAUCAGCACAUCAACAAGUUUCCUGGAAUAAGUACUACAACUGAUCCUUUAAAAACACAAGGCGUCCUUCCUAGCUAAGACAACGGUGACUGAACCAAGUAGCAGUAGCGUUGAAGUUAAUGCCAAUAAAAUUGAUGCAACAAAA